AGAAACACGGUCGGUCGGUUUGUUCGCCACAAACGUUCGCUUAAUCGGCCAACCUGAUUACUGUGUAGCGCGGGCGAUUGUCCGGGCGAUUGUUUCCACGCGCUUUGUUUGCGCGGCCGAGUUCACGGGAACAGUCGCGGAAAACUGUGCACGCGCCGCGUUGCGAGUGAAAGAGGCAUUCUUCUUCGGUCGGGAAACGCCGAGUUUCUUCGCGAUUCCGGUCGCUUUGGGGGGCAACGCAACACGUUGAAGGACACACACCGCGUAAAAGCAUUCGUGGCAACUCCCCACGGUUCGUCGAAGAGGAGGAAUAGUUCUCGGCUUUUUGGAAUGUUUUCUCUUUGUGUUCUCCAAACCACGUAAUGUGAAAUUCCACGUUCCACUCGAUGCGAGAGGUGUCGUAUCGUACAGAUUUUUGUCGGUGGCACGGCGCAUCCGCGUGUUUUCAUCGCGCGACUGACGUACCGACAUUGGUACAACAAUGUGCAAUCAAAAAAAAAAAAAUUCGUCGAUCUCUAUCGUUGCUAUUUGCCAAAACAAUUCGUAAAGUUAGUUUGGAUGUUAAAUAAAUAUAGUAAAAAAGUAAAAUAAAAUACUCAACGAGUAGAUUUGAGGUUAGGUAUAAAUAGUUCCGUUGCUUGGAAAUAUUUCGAUCGUUGCUAUUUGCCAAAACAAUUCGUAAAGUUAGAUUGGAUGUUAAAUAAACAUAGUAAAAAAGUAAAAUAAAAUACUCGACGAGUAGAUUUGAGGUUAGGUAGAAAUAGUUCCGCUACUUGAAAAUAUUUCGAUCAUUACUAUUUGCCAAAACAAUUCGUAAAGUUAGUUUGGAUGUUAAAUAAAUAUAGUAAAAAAGUAAAAUAAAAUACUCGACGAGUAGAUUUGAGGUUAGGUAUAAAUAGUUCCGUUGCUUGGAAAUAUUUCGAUCGUUGCUAUUUGCCAAAACAAUUCGUAAAGUUAGUUUGGAUGUUAAAUAAAUAUAGUAAAAAAAGUAAAAUAAAAUACUCGACGAGUAGAUUUGAGGUUAGGUAGAAAUAGUUCCGUUGCUUGGAAAUAUUUCGAUCGUUGCUAUUUGCCAAAACAAUUCGUAAAGUUAGUUUGGAUGUUAAAUAAAUAUAGUCAGUCAUCAAAAGAGUAAAAUAAAAUACUUGAGUAGAUUUGAGGUUAGGUGAAGAUAAUUUUUCGUUACUUGAUACAGCUGUAAUAAAGUAUGUACAAGGUGUAAAUAAGGUAUUGAGUUGGUCAAGAGGUAAUUUUUUUCUAACAGAUGGACACGUGUGUAACUAACUUUACUUUAAACCACAGAUUUAUCAUGUAUCGUGUGUUACCAGUCUAACGGCUGAUUAUUCGAGCUUGGUUUUUAGAUUGUUCGACGUCGCUUUUCAAAAUGGAAAAUCAAAAACUGCGCUAUUUGCAAAAAGGAGAAACAAAAACGCUGUGCAGGGCCAUGGAACGAUUAUUCGACGUGCAUGAAGAAACCUUGAAGAAAUUAUUAUUUGCUAAAUUCCACCGUCGACGGCGAUGUUAAAUAAUUGUUCUUGGAACUUUUGAUGGAAAAAGCCAACACCUGAGGUUCGAAUGUUGCGCGUCUGUAGAGGCGUCGAAAAGGAUUCGGUCGGUGGGCGAUGCAGGCGACGUGCGUCGGUCUCGUCGCACGGAUAGAACGAGAGGGAUCCGCUACACACUCACCGGUCUGCCCUUUCCCCAAGGUCUUUUCCAGUCGCCGCGACAAGCCAGCACGGGGAGGAGAGCACGAAGCUCGCCCCUUUACUCCCCCGGUACCUCCACCCUACACGCACUCGUGCACCAUCGCCGCCACCACCACCACCAUCAGCACCACCACCACCACCACCGUCGCCACCACCAUCGCUGUCACCGUCACUGAUAUGUUACUAGAUCCGGUAGAAACCGAAGCAACCGUUCCUCGUUUUGCCUCCUCGGUUUUUUUUCUCGGUGAAGGGGGAGGGAAGGUCGAGCGGAGCGAACCUGGAGGUCGACCGGAACGAAAGCAAUUGCAGCGAGGGCCCGGCGGAUUUUUCUCUUCGGACAGGUUCGACGAACAACCGAUUCGUCUGGCCCGUUUCGUCAACGAUUCUGGCCCUGUCGUUCGCGGAUGA